AGGCGGAGACCUAGCUCAUUUCCGGCCUGCAAUGAAUUUCCGCGCUUUAAGCCUGCUUUGUAAAACCCUUACUGUUUUAUCAAAAUGUUGCGCGUCGUAAGCUGGAACAUCAAUGGGAUCCGGAGUCCCCUGCAAGGACUGACAUGCCAGGAAUCCAGCAACUGUCCCACGGCCUUACGACGGAUUUUGGACAAGUUGGAUGCUGAUAUUGUCUGCCUCCAGGAGACCAAAGUGACCAGAGAUGUACUGACAGAGCCCCUGGCUGUUGUUGAAGGCUAUAACUCCUAUUUCAGCUUCAGCCGCAGCCGGAGUGGCUAUUCUGGUGUGGCUACCUUUUGUAAGGACAGUACUACCCCAGUGGCUGCUGAAGAAGGUCUGAGUGGUGUGUUUGCCACCCUGAAUGGGGAUGUUGGUUGCUAUGGAAACAUGGAUGAGUUCACUCAAGAGGAACUCCGGGUUCUGGAUAGUGAGGGCCGGGCCCUCCUUACACAGCAUAAGAUCCGCACAUUGGAAGGGAAGGAGAAGACCUUGACCCUCAUCAAUGUGUACUGUCCUCAUGCGGAUCCUGGAAAGCCUGAACGGUUGACCUUUAAAAUGCGGUUCUAUCGCCUACUGCAGAUCCGAGCAGAAGCCCUCCUGGCAGCUGGCAGUCAUGUGAUAAUUCUGGGGGAUCUGAAUACAGCCCAUCGACCCAUUGACCACUGUGAUGCAGGCAGUCUGGAGUGCUUUGAAGAGGAUCCAGGGCGUAAGUGGAUGGAUGGCUUGCUCUGUAACCCAGGGAUGGAAACUGACUCCCACACAGGGCUCUUCAUGGAUAGCUACCGCUGUUUCCAUCCAAAACAGGAGAAGGCCUUCACCUGCUGGUCAGUAGUCAGUGGUGCACGCCAUCUCAACUAUGGCUCUCGACUUGACUAUGUACUGGGAGAUAGGACCUUGGUCAUAGAUACCUUCCAGGCCUCCUUCCUGCUCCCUGAAGUGAUGGGCUCUGAUCACUGUCCUGUGGGAGCUGCCUUGAAUGUAUCCUGUGUGCCAGCAAAACAGUGCCCAGCUCUGUGUACCCGCUUCCUCCCGGAAUUUGCGGGUACCCAGCUCAAGAUUCUUCGCUUCCUAGUUCCUCUUGAACAAGAACCUGUGCGAGUUCAGUCAGCCCUGCAGCCCAGCCAUCAAACUCAGAUACAGAAACAUCCCAGCAAAGCUCGCAUGCACUCAACCAGGCCUCGGAAAAAUCAAGGUGGCUUCAAAAGAAACCAGAAAAACCUGAUGAGUUACUUCCAGCCUUCCUCGAACCUUCAGCAACCUUCUCCUGAUGUGGAACCACCUAGCCAGCCCCUUACUCUUACAAUCCCAAAGACUCCAGAAGAGGUGACAGUGGCCACAGUGGUGAAAGAGAAAACCAAGGUUUCAGAGGCCAAAGAUGAGAAAGAAGUACGGACUUCCUUCUGGAAGUCUAUGCUGAGUGGGCCCACACCCAUGCCCCUCUGUGGAGGCCAUAGGGAGCCAUGUGUGAUGCGUACUGUGAAAAAAGCAGGACCUAACUUGGGCCGCCAUUUCUACAUGUGUGCUAGGCCACGGGGUCCUCCUAGCGACCCCUCCUCCCGCUGUAACUUUUUCCUCUGGAGCAGGCCCAGCUGAAACAACUGAGGGCUAAGGGUGUCUGGCAUGGUUACCCCAUGCACAGGGUCUGAUGCCAGAUCCCUGCAUCUGAAAAUGCCUCCUCCCCUGAGGUUUCCUUUCUCUGCUUCCUCUUCCCUCAUUUCCCUCCCUUCCUUCCCUUCUUCUAAUGCCUCCUCCCUGUUCUCACAUCUCUGUUUCUUCCUCCUUGUACACAUAGGAACCGGGAACUAAUUU